ACAUAAAAUGGGUCGAUUCUUUCGGUUAGGGUUUCAGACUCUUGAAUUUGCUAUUAAGGUUUCUCAGGAAAAUGGCCGAUGAAGCUAACAGAACUGCAUUUAUGGAGAUUCAAGGUCACAUGAUCGAAACUACUGGAAAAUUGAAGUAGUUGCUUGGUCUCGAUAUUGGGAGGUUCAACAAUUAGACAUUCAUAAUGCUUUCUUGAAUGGUGUUUAAUGGAGCAAGUUAUGCCUCAGCCACCUGUUUGCAAGCUAAGUGCAGAACCAGAUGCGGAACAAAGAAGGAGAAAAGAAGCGUGCUUUCUUAACCUUGGAAGAACUGCGCCAAUUGUCUGAUGAUACAAACACAUACAAGUCUAUAGGGAGAACGUUUGUCUUAGAGCCAAAAUCGGCCUUAAUGAGUGAACAGGAACAGAAGCUCAAGGAUAGUGAAGCCGCAAUUGCUGGUUUACAGACUUCCAAGGAAUACUUAGAGAAGCAGAUGGCAGAGGUAGAGAACAACCUGAGGGAGCUGCUGCAGCAAGAUCCAGGUCUUGCUCGUCAAAUCAUGUCGAUGACUGUAAUGUAAACCUUUUCUGAAAAUUCCUCAUAUCUUCAUUGUCUUACGCGCAAAUCAAAAGCUGGAUGUUUGUGAUAUUGCUUGUAUAAUCAGCUUGCCUACUCCUUUGAUCAUGAUCAUAAUUUUUGUCUGAAACAUUACAUUUCAUUUGUGGUAGUUGA